UAAAUGAAGCUCUUCGUUUAACCUUCAUUUCAAUUGUUACAUAUAUGCAAGGCCUUAUGAUCAGAUCAGAGAGCUGUGGGAUUUUUUGCCAUGAUCACAUGUACAUGCACAGGUGCUGCUGGCAAGCUUGAAUGGAAAUUUUGUUUUUUUGUACAUGGAAGAUAAGUAGAAAAUCAGCAAAAGGAAAAGCAAAGAAACAGAAGAGGAAAGAGGAAAGUGCUAAAUAUGCAAUGUCCUUUGCUAAAGUGGAAGCAGCAAAUAAGAUUAAAGAUCCGCUAGAUUUGGUGGCACCUUUCAGAAAAUUUGAAAGAAAUGGGAUAAGUCUGAAGGUAGAGUUUUUCCGAGCUCAGGAUCUGACUCAGGAAAUGACUGAUUGGGUUUUUGACCUCACAAAGAAGAACAUGCAGAAGUUAUAUGAGGAGAGCGAUUGGGGCUGGAAGGACAGGGAAAAGCUAGAAGAGAUGACAGAAGAAAAAGCACUCUACCUCAUUGCCUUGGAUUCAGAAUCUAAACCUGUGGCAUUUACACACUUCAGAUUUGAUAUGGAGUGGGACGAAGAAUUAGUUUACUGUUAUGAACUCCAGGUAAUCGACGAAUACAGAAGGAAGGGUAUUGGGAAGUUUUUAAUACAGAUUUUGGAAUUAUUGGCAUAUAAAACUGAGAUGGUUAAAGUCAUGCUAACCACUUUCAAGAGCAACAAGAUUGGAGAAACUUUCUUCAUGAAAGCUAUGAAGUAUACAUUAGACGAAACCUCACCAGAGGAUCCAGUCUGGGAGGAGACGGAAUACAAAUACCAGAUACUCAGUAAAGAAAUCAAGCCGAAGCCAACCAGUAAAACCCAGGAGGAGGCUAUGCAAACCUCACCUGUCAAGGCAGCAUCAGCAUAACUAUAGUCCUACCAUUACACUCGACUCCUUGUUGGAAACCUAACACUCAACUCCUCCUCUGGAAAACCUAAACAGACUCAGCAAGUGUUCUCAAAGUAUGAUAAGAGAUAAUUGAUGUUAAUAUAUGACAUUUUAAAAAAGAGAACUGCAAUUGUCAGAAUUAAGGAUGGCCAUUUCUGACCAAGAUAAUGGCCAUUCUUGUCGGAUAAGUCUUGUUUGUCUUACAAACAAAGGAAAUGAGACAGACUGGAAGAAUUGCUCAUGCAUUUCAUUGGUUAGGGAUUUGAAAAGAAUCUGCUUUAAACCAGUGUUCCUGGAGUGUUAAUUGCAUAGUGACCUUCAGAACCAGGUAGUUUGUACUCCUGGCUGUUAACUGAGAUCUGUAAGGUUUAUCUACCGUCUAACCUAGAGGUAACAUGUUAAAGUUUCAUGUCAAAUAGUGGAAGUACCAGUUUCAAAUGUAUAACUUUGUUACUGGAGUGAUCAUUGAUUUAUAUCACAGACCCUGGCACCAAUUUGAUGUGGAAAUAAAGUCAACACUGAGUCUAAAAUCUAUAGCUGUGCUAUUUUGUCUUACAGACGUGUUGAUGGUUUCAUACACAAACUAGUAUAGGAAAUUAGGGACAGCUUUAGCUUUCUCUAAAGCGGUGUUAAUGGUGGUUUGAUAUUAAUAUAUGUAUGGUUUUGAAAUGCGAGUGAAAACGAGUGAAAAUGUGAGCGAGAGAUCUCUAUACAAUAUUUGUUAUUUUACAUAUGCUAUCCUCGUCAUACAAAACAAGUUACUGGUAAUACAUACGUGAACAAUUUGUCUCAAGUAUUACUGGUACUUCAGCAUGUAAAGUUGAGGGACACUCAGGAGAAAAUAUCAUUUUGUGAAGUGUAAAUUCAGUACCAUGUAUUGCCAUUUUCCAUACUUGUACAUUUUUGUACACAUCCAACCAUAAAGCUAUACUUGUAUGUGAAAGUAUACAAUAUUUACUUUUUUAAUAAACAUGUUGGAUGGG